AUGAACCAUGAUAAAACCUUCCCAUUCCUCACUACCUGCCUUAGAGGCUUUUCUCAUUGACGAAAGUUGGAGAGGCAGUGUGACGACAUUUCAAUUGAAAUAAAAACUACAUUAACUUUUCAAUUAACAUUAGCGAAGGGAACAUUGUGCCGCGAGAGGGUUUGGCGCUUGGCAGAACACAUUUACUGUAAAUAUCCCUAUGAAAUAUCCCAGUAUAGCCACUAGCCAGCAUGCUUCAACUUUGCAAUCGACUUUUAUCUUAACCAUAUUACACGUUUGAAAAAAAUGGAACCAAACCACAUUACACUCUUCAAUAAUGCAACAAUUCACAAGCAUGCGUCGACAAUAAAGGAUUUCAUUUCUCGUCUGUAGGCUACUGGUUACAUUUUAGCUUCAAGACGAAAGCACAGAAGUGCAUGUUCUCAUCAAGUAACGCUAGCCUAUCAAAUAUAAGAUAAGGUCUACUACACCCUCAUAUGAAUAUAAAGGUACAGUAGGCCUACCUUACACCCUUAUGUAAGGCUUCAUUUUGAUCAAUAUAAUGGAAAUCAUUUGGCCUACAUUUGGUAAAAGCAAAUUGUGACUGAAAACGUGGGUAUAACAUAUAUACAGUAUAUACGUACAUACAGCCCUACCCCUGUGAGUACUACCUUUCUUUAACUCUGUAGAUCUGAUACGUACAGCCCUACCCCUGUGAGUACUACCUUUCUUUAACUCUGUAGAUCUGAUACGUAAAGCCCUACCCCUGUGAGUACUACCUUUCUUUAACUCUUUCGAUCUGCCACACCAGACAGAUUGACUGACAGAUGUUGGUGCAUAUAUUAUUUCACACACUGAUUAGUCCUCCUCGCCAUCUAACACUGUCUUAAUGUAAAUAAGUCAACCUGAAGAAUGCUUAUGUGACUGAGCAGGGUUGGUGAUCAGGAAGUCAAGUUACAUUUAAUUCAGUCAUGUCUUGUAGAGAAAAGACUGUACAAUAUUUAAUUCAAGAAUUGAAUGUCAAUUAAUCUCCUAAAUGUUUUAAAUUACCCCACCCCCCAACCCUGAAUGUGAGUCCUGCUGCAUGACGUCAGGGACUACCAGCCCAGAAGAGUUCUCUCUCUGCCGACAUACGUUUCAUGUGCGUGUUCACUUCCUGGUUUAAAAGUAAUGGCCUUCCUCGGAAUGCUGACGUACUUCCUAAGUGGGACCAUGGCUUUCCAGCCAGCCAUGCCUACUCAGACUCUAGUCUUAUCCCUGGUCCUGGCUUCAGUUCGGCUGGGCCUGUGUCUGGCAGGAGGCUCCGCAGACUGCUCAGCUUCCAGAGGUACCUGCACUCCUCCCGUCUGCUCCGGGGAACACCCCACCUCAACCCCCUCCACAUCCUGGAUGAGGACUACACCGGACAGGCCAAGUGUAUGCUGGAAAGGGUCACGACCUGGAAUUUCGACAUUUUCCUCUACGACAGAUUAACCAAUGGAAACAGCCUGGUGACGUUGACCUUUCACCUCCUUAACCAGUAUGGUCUGUUGGAGCUGUUUCAGCUGGACAUGGUGAAGCUGUGGCGCUUCCUGGUCAUGGUGCAGGAAGACUACCACAGCCUCAACCCCUACCACAACGCUGUGCACGCCGCUGACGUGACGCAGGCCAUGGACUGUUACCUGCGAGAACCCAAGCUGGCCAAGUCCCUGACGUCCUGUGACAUCCUCCUGGGCCUGUUGGCAGCCGCCACUCAUGACCUGGACCACCCGGGAGUCAACCAGCCCUUCCUCAUCAAGACCAACCACUACCUGGCCAAGCUCUACAGGAACUCCUCUGUUCUGGAGAACCACCACUGGAGGUCUGCAGUAGGUCUGCUCAGAGAGACCGGCCUGUUCUCCCACCUGCCUGCUGAGGACGGGCUGAAGAUGGAGCACCAACUGGGUUCUCUUAUCCUAGCCACUGACAUCAGCAGACAGAACGAGUACCUGGGAAAGUUCAGGACACACCUGGACCAGGAUGACCUGUACCUGAGCAACGCCAGCCACCGACACUUCAUCCUCCAGAUGGCUCUGAAGUGUGCAGACAUCUGCAACCCCUGCAGACCCUGGGAGCUGAGCAAACAGUGGAGUGAGAAAGUGACGGAAGAGUUCUUCCACCAAGGAGACAUUGAGAAGAAGCACAGACUUGAAGUCAGUCCACUGUGUGAUAGCCAGAGUAACUCCAUGGCAAACAUUCAAAUUGGUUUCAUGACGUACGUGGUGGAGCCUUUGUUUGUUGAGUGGGCCCGGUUCUCUGACACGCGUCUGUCCCAGACCAUGCUGGGCCACCUAGGGCUGAACAAGGCCAUCUGGGGUGGGUUAGUACAGCAGGAGGGGUCCUCUAGCUCCGAGGAGCUGGAACCUAGCAGCCCUGCCUUCUUCACCAUGCCAACGCCCACCGUCACCGAGUCAGAACCAGAGUCUGCCUCUGCCGCGGAACCCAUAGCUGUCACCACGGCAACAGCCACAGAAGAAACCAACUACAAAGAAAUACCUCAGAGAAGCAAAGAGUCCUGACACUCCAUGUUUGCCCUUAGAACCCUGACCGCUAGCCUCGACAAACACUGGGGAGAGGGUGGGAGGAGCGGGGUAUGGCCUUUAACCCCCCCUACUCCCACUGCCCCACCCGAACAGUACUCACGUUUUUGUUGCCUUUGCCUCCCAUAUUUGACAAAGCACAGAUUUUAUUUAUUUCAUUUUUAAUUCCUUUCCUUGACAUACAUAGAUACUGCUGCUGUAUUUAGUAUUUUUAUUGGCUUGUUUUAUUUAUUUAUUUGUCCUCUGUAGUUUUAGCCUUACUAAUGUAACACCACCAUUUUGAAGGCGAAGUGCCAUUUUUAAACAAAGUUCUGUAGGAUGUUUUGAAAGUGAUUUGAAACACACUGAGUAUUGAAGAGAUGCUCUCCAAAGACUGCACAGAGAUGCUCUCCAAAGACUGCACAGAGAUGCUCUCCUAAGACUGCACAGAGAUGCUCUCCUAAGACUGCACAGAGAUGCUCUCCAAAGACUGCACAGAGAUGCUCUCCAAAGACUGCACAGAGAUGCUCUCCUAAGACUGCACAGAGAUGCUCUCCUAAGACUGCACAGAGAUGCUCUCCAAAGACUGCACAGAGAUGCUCUCCUAAGACUGCACAGAGAUGCUCUCCUAAGACUGCACAGAGAUGCUCUCCUAAGACUGCACAGAGAUGCUCUCCAAAGACUGCACAGAGAUGCUCUCCAAAGACUGCACAGAGAUGCUCUCCAAAGACUGCACAGAGAUGCUCUCCAAAGACUGCACAGAGAUGCUCUCCUAAGACUGCACAGAGAUGCUCUCCUAAGACUGCACAGAGAUGCCGUGAUGUGUGUUGAUGCAUUUGUAAGGAAUCUUCUUCCUGAAGAUAAUGUGACAAGCCCAGUCCUUUUGCUGCCUCUAUGAAGACUGUUUACAGAUGUCUUGUUUGUCCUUGUUGUCCAUUCGAAAUGAAUCAUUAUGGUUCCGUGAUAUGCCUUCUAAGCACAGAUGCGAAGAACCACUAGUGUUUGAAUUGUUGACCCACUGCUUAAGUUGACUGAUAGAAACACCCCUGUGCUCCAUUGUAUUCACCUCUUCCUUGCACUGCCAAAAGACUGAAAUAUUGGACACACAACUUCUGUUCUGAGAGAACUUGGGUCAGAGAGAAUGGUAUUCUAGAAUGCAACUACUUUCUGUUGUAUUCUAGAAUGUAACUAAUAUGAAGCAUUGUUGUCAGUGACUGUAGAGUAUGCGUGACCUCUAACCCUGGACCAGUCACUGAGGCAUAGUACACACACCCCAUCUGAAAACUCCCAUCACAACACCACUCACGCAGGGUGGACUGUAGGAGGGAAGUUUACUGUGGUUUAGCUACCUGUUAAACAUCUGUUUACUUCUACUGAAUGGGACUCUCUCCCUCUCAGAAUGUCUCUCAUUAUCAUCAUAGCCACAUGCAAUCUAGGACUGCUGUACCGAUGCCUUAUAACUAUGCACACUGCGCUAAGUGACCAAACCAGCUCCUACUACUAGUUCUAGUAAUCUCAUGAAGUACAUCGUGUGCUUGUCCUCUUAAUGCAGUCUGAUUUUCUUUAGCCUUUGUGAGGAAAAACUGAACUCAAACACAUUCUGUAUAUAAAUGGUUAUUUUUUUUACAUUCCAUCUCCAUUUAUAUAUUUUUUGGAUUCUGUAGACUGCACAAAGAUUUUAAUAACAGGUGCUUUUUCCUAUUUUAGCAUUUUCGCUGUAAGACUGUUUUGGGAAGCCAUUUUGGGAAGAUUUGUCAAGCCAUUUUGUAAAGGAUUUGCCGUAUUGACCUUUUGAUACAUGCUUGUUGCUGUUACAUUUUGAUAAAUAAAACAAGUUGACGUGAACUUUGA